AUGAUGAGCGGCGGCGGCGGUGCCAUGGAUUCCGGGAGCAGUGGUCCGGCCGGCGUGGCGCCGUUCGUGGCCAAGACGUACCGGAUGGUGGACGACCCGAGCACUGACGGCGUCAUCGCCUGGGGCAGGGGCAGCAACAGCUUCGUCGUCGCCGACCCCUUCGUCUUCUCCCAGACCCUGCUCCCCGCCCACUUCAAGCACUCCAACUUCUCCAGCUUCGUCAGGCAGCUCAACACCUACGGAUUCCGCAAGGUCGAUCCGGACAGGUGGGAGUUCGCGCACGUGUCCUUCCUGCGGGGGCAGACGCACCUGCUGCGCCAGAUCGUGCGCCGGAGCGGCAGCAGCGGCAAGCGCAAGGACGAGCUCGGCGCCGCCGGCACCGCGGACGACGACGAGGACGGCAGCAGCGCCACGAUGGUGGCCAUGGAGGUGGUCCGGCUGCGGCAGGAGCAGAAGGCCAUCGAGGACCGCGUGGCGGUCAUGUGGCGCCGGGUGCAGGAGACGGAGCGCAGGCCCAAGCAGAUGCUCGCCUUCCUCCUCAAGGUCGUCGGCGACCCCGACGUGCUGCGCCGCCUCGUCGGCAACACCGCCACCGGCUCGAGCGGCAGCCCCCGAGGCCACGACGGCGGCCGGGACGAGGCCGGCGCGGCGGUCAAGAGGCCGAGGCUGCUGCUCGACCAGCAGCAGCUCGGCAGGAAGACGCCCGUCGACGGCAACGGCGUCGCCGGGAACGGGCUGUUCUACGGCGUCAGCCACGACGCGUACGUGCCGGAGCCCAGCGUCGACUUCACCGGCUUCUACACCGGCGGCGACGGGUUCAGCGACGUGCAGCUGGACGGCGGCGGCGGGGACCCGCCGACGUACGCGUUCCCCGUCGACAGCACCGGCUACUGA